AUGGCGACGCGCGGAAGCUCUGGAUCCAGUAGCUCCAGCUCUUCUGGAGCUGGUGGUAGCUCUUCUUCAAGCACUUCAUUGACCUCAACUACGUCCACAACAUCGACGAGCACUCCUCCUGGCGGUCCGGCCACUUUAUCAAUAGAGGCCUUGAUGGAGGCUAUACAGUCCACUGUGCGGGAUCAGGUGGAUACCGCCCUUGCCAGGGUCCUGCCCGGACCUUCAUCGACUACUCCACCACCUCCAGUCUCAGAAGCGGCAUCAGGCUCCUCCCACAGUCUCAGGUCCAGUAGCUCGGGCGGCAGCCUAGCUGACGUACCUCUGGUCUCCCUACCGGAAGACUCCUCCAGCUCUACAGGGACCGCAGCGUCCUCCUCCCCCGAAGCAUGA